AUGCCCUGUCACGUGGCCAAAGCACUAUAUUUGUUGAUUCUCUACAAGGGAUCACUGGAGAAAGGUGAACGGCGCUCCACGGCCAAGGAGAGCUGCAUCGCCAAUACCUGCGGAGUGGAGCCCAUCAGCAUCCUCGGGCUUAUCCUGGGCAUCGGCCUGGCCCUGCUGCUCCUGGGCACCCUCGGCUACUCCCUGAUCAAGUGGUACCUGAGAGGAGCCGGCUGGCACCGGCCUAAUUUUGUUUUCAACCUCUACCACAUCCGCAGCCUCAAGUCUGUGGAGGUGGAGCUGGGCCCGCCCUUCACGGUCAGCGGCUCCAUGAGCGACAGGGCAGGCGGCUACACGCGGUUCCACGACAGGCACGUCUGAAGGCCGCUGGCUCUGCAGAGGGGCUGCGCUCGGCCACGUG